CUCGCCGUUCCGCACCUCCAUUUCCUUUUUAUGUGUUCAUACCUUCGCCCCUAGCUAAUUACUCCGCAAAAUUUUUAUUUUUCGUUUUUUGGUUUUGUUUUAUUCAAGUAGGAUUGAAUAUUUGGUAUCAAAUGGGCACCGCGAUCGUCGACCCGGCCCGAACCGCGAUGGCGAAUCACAUGAAUGGCGGCGGAGGCGGAGGCGGAGGCGGAGGCGGUCGCUUCGCUCCGCCGCCUCUUGCGCAGAUCCUCCCGAGGCGUGCGCCUGAUUCCGACGAUGAGGAGGAGGAGGAGGAGGAGGACGACGACGACGUGGAGGACUCGGAUUGGGCGGCGCUGUGCGGGAGCCACGAGGAGGUGGAGCCCUCGGUGCAGGACCCGCGCGACGAGGGGACGUCGGACCGGUGGGUCCGGCGCAACCCCUCGCUGAUCCGGCUCACGGGGAAGCACCCCUUCAACUCCGAGCCCCCGCUCCCGCGGCUCAUGCACCACGGGUUCCUCACCCCGGCGCCGCUCCACUACGUGCGCAACCACGGGCCCGUCCCCCGGGCCGAUUGGUCCGCGUGGACCGUCGAGGUCGCGGGACUGGUCCGGCGCCCGGCGCGGCUCACCAUGGACCAGCUGGUCCGGGACUUCCCCCCGGUCGAGAUCCCCGUCACGCUCGUCUGCGCCGGGAACCGCCGCAAGGAGCACAACAUGGCGCGCCAAACCGUCGGCUUCAGCUGGGGCCCCGGCGCCGUCUCCACGUCCGUGUGGCGCGGGGCCCGCCUCCGCGACGUCCUGCGCCGCUGCGGCAUUGCCGCGCGCGGGAGCGGGGCCCGCCACGUGCGCCUCGAGGGCGCGGAGGACCUCCCCGGCGGCGGCGGCGGCGGGAAGGGGUCCAAGUACGGGACCAGCCUCCGGCGCGAGGUCGCGAUGGACGUGUCGCGCGACGUCUUGCUGGCCUACAUGCAGAACGGAGAAUUGCUGUCCCCCGACCACGGCUUCCCGGUGAGGGUCGUCAUCCCCGGCUUCAUCGGCGGCCGCAUGGUCAAGUGGCUCCGCAAAAUCACCGUCGCCCCAGAGGAGUCCGACAGCUACUACCAUUACCACGAUAACCGCGUCCUCCCCUCCCACGUCGACGCCGAGCUCGCCAACGCAGAAGAUUGGUGGCACAAGCCGGAGUAUAUCAUCAACGAGCUAAACAUUAACUCGGUGAUCACCACGCCGUGUAACGACGAGAUCCUCCCCAUCAACGCAUUAACCACGCUAAGCCCGUAUACCAUCAGGGGCUACGCCUAUUCCGGGGGAGGUAGGAAGGUGACGAGGGUGGAAGUCACGCUGGACGGCGGCGAGAGUUGGGUGGUGUGCGCAGUCGACCACCGCGAGAAGCCGAACAAGUUCGGCAAGUACUGGUGCUGGUGCUUCUGGUCCGUCGACGUCGAGAUCCUCGACCUCCUCGGCGCCAAGGAGAUCGCCGUCCGAGCAUGGGACGAGUCACUCAACACCCAGCCUGAGAAACUCAUCUGGAACGUCAUGGGCAUGAUGAACAACUGCUGGUUCAGGGUGAAGGUGGCAGGCUGCCGGCCGUACAGGGGCGAGAUCGGGCUGGUCUUCGAGCACCCGACGCAGCCCGGCAACCAGCCCGGCGGCUGGAUGGCCAAGCAGAAGCACCUCGAGACUUCCACCGCCACCGCUGCCGCCGCAGCCGCUCGUCUGCCGACUCUCAAGAAAAGCACGUCGUCCCCCUUCAUGAACACCGCCGCCCAGCAGUUCUCCAUGUCGGAGGUCCGCAAGCACUCGUCGGCCGACUCCGCCUGGAUCGUCAUCCACGGCCACGUCUACGACUGCACCGCCUUUCUCAAAGACCACCCGGGCGGCGCCGACAGCAUCCUCAUCAACGCCGGCACCGACUGCACCGAGGAGUUCGACGCCAUCCACUCCGACAAGGCCCGCGCCAUGCUCGACACCUACCGCAUCGGCGAGCUCGUCGCCGCCGGCUAUGCCUCCGACAACUCGGUGCACGGCGCGUCGGACUUUGCUAACCAUCUGGACACGAUUAGCGAGGCCGCCCGAGCUCCGGCUGCGGCUCUCGUCGAUCGGCGCGAGAAGGUGCGGUGCCGGCUCGUGGCCAAGGCCGUGGUCUCGCGCGACGUGCGGCUCUUCCGAAUUGCUCUCCCGUCGGACGACCAAGUUCUUGGUCUUUCAGUUGGUAAACACAUUUUUCUUUGCGCCACUGUCGACGGAAAGCCGUGCAUGCGCGCCUACACGCCGACGAGCCCCGUCGACACGGUUGGGUACUUCGAGCUCCUCAUCAAGGUUUACUUCAAAGGUGAGCACCCAAAGUUCCCCGACGGCGGAGUCAUGUCGCAGUACCUAGAGUCGCUUCCAAUCGGCUCCGCCAUCGACAUAAAGGGGCCACUCGGGCACAUCGAGUACUCCGGCCGGGGCAAUUUCAUGGUCAACGGGAAACCCCGGUUCGCGCGGCGGCUCGCGAUGAUCGCGGGUGGGACGGGGAUCACGCCAGUGUACCAAGUUAUCCAGGCGGUGCUCCGUGACCAGCCGGACGACCGGACCGAGAUGCACUUAGUCUACACGAACCGGUCGGAGGACAACAUUCUCCUAAGGGACGAAUUGGACUGGUGGGCGGCGGUGUAUCCGGACCGGCUCAGGGUUUGGUAUGUAGUGGACAGGCUCAGCCGGCCCGACAAGGAGUGGCGGUACAGCAUCGGUUUCGUGACGGAGGCCAUAUUACAGGAGCACGUCCCCGCGGGCGGCGCCGACGACACGCUCGCACUCGCGUGCGGGCCGCAGCCGAUGAUACAAUUCGCCGUUUUGCCAAACCUCGAGAAGAUGAAGUAUGAUAAAUCCGACUCCAUCUUUAUUUUUUGAUACGGCACGAUACGAUUCGGACACUGUAAAUAUAUAUGUAUGGAUUUAUUUUGACUACUGUGCUAGUCCUAUUCUUUGGUAAUUUAAGCCAACAAAAGCCUAGAAGAGAGGUCAAAAGCGGAUAAGCAGAUGCGUAUGGAAUCUCCAUUUCCAUUUAUUAAUUUGAUUAAUGCAAUGUGUAUUAUUAUGGUUUGAUGGAA